CGCCGUUCGGGCGCGAGCGCGGGCUUGUGUGUGGAUUUUAGUAAUUGGCCGACCGCCGACCGGUUUGAACCGCUCUCAGCCGCUCGCAACCGGUUUUUCCCGCUCGUGCCGAUCGCGACACCUGUCAUCGCGAACAUUAAGCCUGUGCGUGUCAAACAUAACGUUUAAUGGAACCGUAAUUUAAGUGAGUGUUAGCACUAAGGAACCCAGUUUUGGAGUUUGUUUCCAUGUAAAUAAUAAAUAUUUAAUACUGACAGUUUAGUAAUAACUUUGCAAUAAGUAAUGUGUGUUGUUUAUGUGUCGUCGUGUUUAUGUGGAUUGCUAGUUAUAGACGGAGUGAGAGAUGAAUAAAGAAAUAUUAGGGUUAAGAUGUAAUCUGAGGGAUUACUUUGAGUGCCCGGAAUAUUUUAUAUGACCGGCUUGGAAGAUGGAGAGCUCUCUGAGAGCCAGCCCAACCCGGGUUCUGUCGCUGUGGACGCUCCUCCUCGGCACUUUUAACAUUGCAGGUCUGCGACCGCCGCCGAGUGUCAUGGCGGAGUCUCUAGACGCCGUGAAGGUGUCAGCAGUCUCUGGCGGCGAGGCGACACUGCCCUGUGACACUCGCUCGCCGCAGCCCACAGACGUGUUGCUGCUAGUCGUGUGGUAUAAGGACGACGUGCCUAUUUACAGCUACGACGCCCGCGUCAAGACAACAUCCGCCCACUGGUCUGAUAACAUUCUAGCUGGGCGGGCGAAGUGGCAAGUGACUCAGCCAUCCAUGCUGAGGAUACACGACGUCGUGGCCUCCGACCGAGCUCUGUACCGGUGUAGAGUCGACUUCAAGAUAUCGCCUACAAGGAACCACAAGAUCAUCCUUGAUGUUAUAGAGUUGCCGGAAAAGCCGAAGAUUUUCGAUGAGAGAGACAAAGAAGUCGUGGGCGUAGCUGGGCCCUACAUAGAAGACACGAGCCUAAAACUUACCUGUGUUGUAAGUGGAGGUAACCCUCUCCCACGCCUCCGAUGGUGGCGCGACGACAAAGUCAUAGCUACCCUCAUGCCAGUCGACGACGGCUCUGGCCUCAACUCCUUGGAACUCCGGAUACCGAAGCUCACCAGGGAAUAUUUCGAAGCAGUGUACACCUGCACAGCUGAUAAUACGCUGCUAGUCCAGCCGUUGAGGGUCAACGUCCAGAUUCAGCUGUACUUGAGACCUCUAAUAGUGGAGAUUCUGGCGAGAGAACAGCCGUUAUCAGUUGGACAGGAGGCUGAACUGGCCUGCAAGGCAGUUGGUGCCAGGCCCCCCGCCAUCAUCUCCUGGUGGUUAGAUGAGAAGCCCCUGAUUGCUCAUUCACAAAAGAACUCAGAAGACCGUAACGAAACGGUAUCGCUUCUACGCUGGACACCCCAGAUGGAGCACGACGGCCGAAUACUGACGUGUAGAGCGGCGCAUGUAAAGCUCGAACACACUACAAUAGAGACUACUAUGUCCCUCAAUUUGCACUAUGUGCCAAUAGUAGUCCUGGAGCUAGGCUCCAAGUUAAACCCUAACGACAUUGAAGAAGGCGACGACGUGUACUUCGAGUGCGUGGUGCGAGCAAAUCCCCCGGCCUACAAAGUUGUGUGGGAACACAAUAACCAAGUGAUGACGCACAACCAAAGGGCCGGCGUCAUAGCCGGGUCAGCGCACCUGGCCUUACAAGGGGUGUCCCGGGAACAGGCCGGCCGGUACGUGUGUACUGCGAGCAACGUCGAGGGCGAUGGGAAGUCUCAACCGGUCAAUCUACAAGUUAUUUAUAAGCCGGUAUGCACAAACCCCCUAACUGCCAUCGUUGGGGCAGCAUUCAACGAAGCUGCCAAAGUGACGUGUGAGGUGGACGCAUUCCCUCCGCCCAAGAACUUCCAGUGGACUCUGAAUAACUCUAUGGGGACUACUGAACUGGACGCGUCAAAAUUCACGGUGGACAGCGCGGGCCGAUCCAUCCUGACAUAUACUCCUACAGUAGAGACCGACUACGGGUCCCUAUCCUGCAGAGCCACCAAUCUAGCUGGGCAGCAGAUUGAGCCCUGCCGGUAUAACUUACUACCAGCUGUGAGGCCAGACCCUCCAUUCAACUGCUCAACAGUCAACCUGACUGACGACUCAGCUGAACUACGAUGUGUUGCUGGUUACGACGGCGGUCUUCACACCAUAUACUUCGUCGAGGCGUGGGAGACUGGGACGCUAAUUGCCAAUGCUUCUACCCCGACCCCCACUUGGAAGUUACGAGGUCUGGGCUCAGGGAAAGCCUUGAAGCUUGUGUUCUAUGCUCACAAUGCGAGGGGGAGAUCUGAAACUACUACGUUGAGAGUACACACGCUCUCGCGGUUGGCGUUACAUACAGAAGCAAAGGCAUCCGCCGGCAACGUCGACACCAGCUGGGCGCUCGGGAUCAUAGCUGGCACCAUCGGGACCCUAGCAGCGGUGGCUGUCAUAGCGCUGCUCGCUAGGAGAAGGCACCACCGGCCUAUGCAGUACGAAGCUCCGCUACAAACCGUGAAGGGGUACAAAACGACGAUCCACAACACAAACCACUCGCCGAUGCAACCGGACGAUAAAAACCCAGACGUUGUGCCGCUGGGUAAAGAUUUCAACUGCACCCGGGACUCCGAGCGGCCACCAGAGCCGCCUCCUUACGGUGCAGUAGUGUCUCCACCUGUCGGUUCUUCCAGAAGUGUACACAGUCUUCAUCAGCACGAAGUACGGUCUACCACUCCCCACACGCCCAACACGCCGGCGUCUGAUGCUCAGAGCAUCGGAACCUUAGCGGAAGACCGUCGCAGCGUGACCAGUGGCACCCUCUCCCGGCGGAGAGAGGUGGUCACGACGCGGACGCCAUUGCUAGCCAAUGCGCGGGAGAGCUGCGUUUAGAUAUAUCGAGCACGCUAACUUUGAAUUAAGGGAAACUGCUAGCUGAUUUUUUAUAUUUUUUUGUUUCCUUUUUAAUAAAUAACUUUUUAUGGCAGUGUUUUUGUUCGUUAUUCGUUUUUUUCUUUUUCCUGAUAGUAACAACUUGUAUGUGAUUUUUGUUUAAUUUUCUUAAUUAUUAGUAAAUCGUGGUCAUCACUAAAAUAAACUUGAUCAAUUUAUUUCGCGUUGGUUCGACUUUACACCGUUUGGGAUUUUUUUGUUAUCUAUUUUUCUUCUACAUUAUUUUAAAGUUUCUAGGCAUUGCCAAAAUAAUUUAUAUGAAUAUGUAUGUAUGUUUUAAAAGUUGUUUUUAAGUAAAUUUUUAUACUUUCUUCGAAAGUUCAUUACAAGUUCGUAUUCUACUUUA